UCUCUCUCACUCUCUCACCAUUUGUCUUGCUAACCCUAAUCUGGCCCUGCCCAUUGCAGCUCCCCUUGGAGCUCCCCCUUCUCCUCCUCCUCUGUCUACUUCGUCUUUGUAUUCCCUCGUCGUUGUUUCCUUCACGGCGCAGGUUCUGAGAUUGCGCACCGCACCUACGAUUGCUGAGUUUGAGGCCGCGUUUGCGCUAUGGCGGAUCCCGAAGCGGUGCGCGUGGAGUACAGGCGCAAGCUUCUGCAACACAAGGAGCUCGAUGCACGGCUAAGGAAUUUGCGAGAGAACGUGAAGGCUGCGAGGAAGGAGUUUGAUAAGACAGAGGACGACCUCAAGGCGUUGCAAAGUGUGGGGCAAAUCAUCGGAGAAGUCUUGAGACAGCUUGAUUCUGAACGCUUGAUUGUCAAGGCAAGCAGUGGACCGCGAUAUGUGGUUGGAUGCCGCAACAAGGUUGACAAAGAGAAGUUGAUGGCUGGUACUCGAGUUGCAUUGGAUAUGACUACUCUCACGAUUAUGCGAGCACUUCCCAGAGAGGUUGAUCCCGUUGUGUACAAUAUGCUGCACGAGGACCCUGGAAAUAUUAGCUACUCAGCCGUUGGAGGACUCAGUGAUCAAAUCCGAGAGCUCCGUGAGUCAAUUGAGUUGCCGCUUAUGAAUCCCGAGCUCUUCCUGCGAGUUGGCAUUAAGCCUCCAAAGGGUGUAUUGUUGUAUGGCCCCCCAGGAACCGGCAAAACCCUUCUGGCACGAGCAAUUGCCAGCAACAUUGAUGCUAAUUUCUUAAAGGUGGUUUCUAGUGCGAUUGUGGACAAGUACAUAGGAGAAAGUGCAAGACUCAUUAGGGAGAUGUUUAGUUAUGCCCGCGACCAUCAACCUUGCAUCAUUUUUAUGGAUGAAAUUGAUGCGAUCGGAGGUCGUCGGUUUAGCGAGGGUACAAGCGCUGAUCGAGAAAUUCAGCGGACGCUAAUGGAGUUGUUGAAUCAACUCGAUGGAUUUGAUCAGCUUGGAAAGGUAAAGAUGAUCAUGGCAACCAAUCGACCUGAUGUUCUUGACCCUGCAUUGCUCCGACCCGGCCGUUUAGAUCGAAAGAUUGAAAUUCCACUACCAAAUGAACAAUCUCGGACAGAGAUUCUGAAAAUUCAUGCAUCUGGGAUCACUAAACAUGGAGAGAUUGAUUACGAAGCUAUUGUCAAACUCGCUGAGGGGUUCAAUGGAGCCGAUCUUCGUAAUGUCUGCACUGAAGCGGGCAUGUUCGCUAUCCGGGCUGAUCGUGACUAUGUUGUGCAAGAGGAUUUCAUGAAGGCUGUUCGGAAGCUUACGGACGCAAAGAAGCUGGAAUCAAGUGCACACUACAGCACCGAUUUUGGCAAGGAGUAAAAUGUUCAGUAAUCUUUUGUAUGUCUUGAUUUUCUUUCUGAGACAACUCUGGACGUUUUUGCAGAGAGCUUGGAAUCUCAAGAGAGCUUUCUCAGGCGUAGACAACGAUAUUUUUUAAUGUUAAUGUUCAGCUGCUUCAGGGAAAUAAAUCCUCCUCUUUGUAUUAAUCAGUUUUAAUACCUUUGUACCUUUGAAGUCCCUAUGACAUAUGUGUCAAUUAUCUAAUUGCCUACGUACAUUUAAGGUGGGUUUACACGUUCUUCUGUGAGUCAUGAGAAAGAACAAAGUUAGCUCAAGACGUGGGCAUUCCAUAAUCGAGCGUCAAGUUGGGUUCCGAUUAGGUGUCUAGAAGUAUCUACAUCUACCUGGAAUUCUGUAAGGAGGCAGCUUAUCUAGGGUUGGCGGGUAUACUGCAAUUCCAGAUGGGAAGUUGGGCUUAUGCUAGCCGAUGAUGAGCAGCUGGGUUACCUUCUAUCACAACAUUCAACAAUGAGACUGAACAUUUUUAAGUGACUGGUUUACCUUA